GAUUGGGAAACAUUGCAGGAUCCUCUGCCUGACCUUCUCUCCAGAGCGGCGGCCACCAUGGGCCCCGCAGGCACCGCCCUGCUGUGCUUGGGAUUGUGCAUGGGCCAAGGGAUCAAGGCACAGGCAGAGACAUUCCUCAGACCCACCCUCGAGGCUGACUCAGGCCCUCUGAUCCCCAAGGGGACACCUGUCAUCCUCAGGUGCAAGGGACAUCCUGGGGCUACUUGGUAUUAUCUGAUGAUGGGAGAAACUCAGUCCCAGGGUGCAGUUGGAGCCGGCAUGGAGGCUAAUUUCCUCAUCCCCUCCAUGACAAAGGACACUGCAGGGAGUUACCACUGCCUCUAUAAGACCCAGUCUGGCAUCUCAGAGACCAGUGAGCCCCUGGAGCUGGUGAUGACAGACCUAUUCAGCAAGCCCUCGCUGUCAGCGGCACCCAGCCAAGAAGUCGCCUUAGGACGGAAUGUGACCCUCCGUUGUCAGGACAAGCAGAGCUUUGACAGGUUUGUUUUCUACAAGGAGGGAGGGGCCGACACCUCUCAGCUUCAGAACAAGAUGUCUCAGCCUGACUUCCUCAUCCCGGUUGUGACUGCUGCUCAUGGGGGCCUUUACCGAUGCUACGUAUUUCACAGUCAACAUCCCUACCUGUGGUCUAGAAGCAGUGACCCCUUGGAGCUCAACAUCACAGCUCCUGAUUCUGUUCCUUCCCAAGUCCCAGAGACAUCUGGUCCAAGGCCGGAACCUCCAGACAUGCUAUUUGGUCUCACCAGACUCCAAGCGGGCAUCUUGAUUGGCAUCUCGGCACUCCUCAUCUUGCUUUUCCUCUUCUUCCUCCUCUUCUUCCUCCUUCGACACCACCACCAGCAUCAGGCCAGGCUCCGGACUGGAGGCAAAGAGGCAGGUGUUGAAGAGACCCUCAGGAGCUGCAGCCAGGCUGAGGAUGUUCCCCCAGCGUCCCUGUAUGAGGCUGUGAAGGGUGUCCAGAUCGAUGAGCGCAGAAAGCCCAGUGCUCUGGUAGAAGACCCUCCGGAAGUGACCUAUGCCCACCUGAUCCACAAGACCCCCAGUCAGCACCUUGAGCACCUUCCCCUGUUCCCACCAAGGGAGUCCACCCUCUAUGCCCCAUUGGCCAUCCAUAUGGUACUGCCUAGCAUCACCAACCCUAGAGGAAAGGGCUGCUUUCAGCUCCUCCACCCCAGCCCCACCUUCACUCUGACCACUGGCCCUAUGACUCUGCCUGGGAUUGGGAAAUUCUGGGUGGGGCUGACCCGGCUGUAUCUUAUGUCUCAAUCAGCCUGCUUGACCAGUGACCUGUCUUCCUUUUCACCAGAGCCUGGAACCACCAUGUCCCCCUCGCUCAUCACCUUGCUGGGUGUUGGAUUAUGGCUGAGCCAGUGGAUCAGAGCUCAAGAAGGGACACUCCCCAGACCCACCCUCCAGGCAGAGCCAGGCCGCCUCAUCCCUCACAAGAAAUCUGUCACCCUUCGGUGUCGGGGAUUUCCUGGGGCUGAGAUGUACCGUCUAAGGAGAGAAGAAAGUUCUCAGCACAUAGAUGUGCCUACAUCUGGGAGGGAGGCUGAGUUCCCCAUCUCCUCGGUGACACCAGACACAACUGGGAAAUACCGCUGCCUGUACAAGAACCAAUCCCACUGGUCCGAGCCCAGUGAGCCUCUGGAUCUGGUGAUGACAGGCUGGUACGAUAAACCCUCACUCUCAGCCCUGCCCAGUCCAGAGGUGUUCUCAGGAGAGAAUGUCACCCUCCGAUGUCAGUCCCAGCAAUGGUAUGAAAAAUAUGUGCUGGACAAGGAGGGAGGGGCCAACCCUUCCUACAUCCAAGUAACGUCGCCCUUCGCGGAUUUCCACAUCAUUGAGGUGACUGCUGCUCAUGGAGGCUCUUACAGAUGCUACAGCCUUCACAGUGACACCCUCUAUGAGUGGUCGGCCCCCAGUGACCCCUUGGAGCUCAGGGUCAGAGAUGCUUCCCGCCAGGAUUAUACUGGAGGAAAUCUCAUCCGCCUCGGCCUGGCUGGGCUGGUACUGCUCAUCCUAGGAGUCCUGCUGGUGGAAGCCUGGCACAGCCAGAGGGGGCACCUAGAAGCGGCCCAGAAGCCCCUGCCCAGGCAGUCAAACCAAGCCUAAGAGCAACGCGGAGUCGGGGACCAGUGAACUUGUAGCAAGACUUAUGAACUGUUUCUCUCUUUGGCCAACUUGAAAGCUGACUGGCAUGGUGUUUUCACUCUUUGCUCAGAUUCAAUAAAAGCAGCACUCUGAUACAUUGUAA